AUGGCGGCUUCCUCGCCGGCGCUGGCCCUGCGGGAAGGCAGCCCCCGCGCGCCCCGGCCCGCGACCCUCUCGCCGCCGCCGCCGCACUCGCGCCCGGGCCCCGAGCCCGAGGAGGCCGAGCUGUCGCUGAGCCUGGCCCGCACCAAGACCCGCUCCUACGGCAGCACCGCCCGGGUGCGGGCGCCGCUGUGCGCCGGCGUCACCGAGCGCCGCGUGGAGCACCGCGUCCGCGCGGGGGACACGCUGCAGGGCAUCGCGCUCAAGUACGGAGUCACGAUGGAACAGAUUAAAAGGGCAAAUAAACUGUUUACCAAUGAUUGCAUAUUUCUGAAGAAAACUUUGGACAUCCCAGUUAUUUCAGAGAAGCCUUUGGUGUUUAAUGGACUUAACUCAGCUGAUUCUCCGGAAAGUGAGGCUGCCCAUGGCCCCUUUUCUCAGGAAGAAGGGCUGGUAGCGGCUGUGGAAGACCCGCCUCCUCCCAGUCCCCUGGCCUCUUCGGCUCAGCCAGUGCCGCCCGAGGAGGUGUCAGCCAGAGAUUUCCUGCAGAGGCUCGACUUGCAGAUUAAGUUAUCAACACAGGCAGCCAGGAAACUAAAAGAAGAGAGCAGAGAUGAAGACAAUCCCUACGCAACCUCACUCUAUCAUAGUUAG